AAACCACAACACAAUUCCCCACCGCUCCUCGACCCCCAUCCGCUCGCAGCUCGAACCAAGGAGAGAUCGUCAGCCAUGUCCGGCCGCGGCAAGGGAGGCAAGGGGCUCGGCAAGGGCGGCGCCAAGCGCCACAGGAAGGUGCUGCGCGACAACAUCCAGGGCAUCACCAAGCCGGCCAUCCGGCGCCUGGCGAGGAGGGGCGGCGUGAAGCGCAUCUCGGGGCUCAUCUACGAGGAGACCCGCGGCGUGCUCAAGAUCUUCCUCGAGAACGUCAUCCGCGACGCCGUCACCUACACCGAGCACGCCCGCCGCAAGACCGUCACCGCCAUGGACGUCGUCUACGCGCUCAAGCGCCAGGGUCGCACCCUCUACGGCUUCGGCGGCUAGGCUCUUCCUCCCCCCCCCCCCCCCCCCCCCCCCCCCCCCCCCCGCCGCCUCCUCCUCCUGCAGAUCCCAAAAGUUUGAUGAAACCGCGACUUUUUAGUUCUCUAUUUGCUCUGUAGUUCGAACUGAAUCGUGGAACAAAGUGAUUCGCAUGUGUUGCUGGAAAUCAAACUUGUCUCAGUGAGAUACUGUGUCUCUGA